AUAAGAUUAAGAAAAGACGAGGGAAGAACAAAAGGCGAUAACAGAUACCAAAAUUUUCUCCUUAAUUUUCUGCUUAAUUUAAGCCGAAAAUCCCAGCCACUCGAACAAGGAACAUCUCUGUUGGUUCAACAAUGGUGAAAUCCUUCAUCAUUUCCAAGGGAAAAAAUAGGAUCGAGAAUAACAAAAAUUUAAUCGCAGAGAAGAGGCAAAACGAGGGUACAAUUUUGUUUCUCUGCAACUUCUCGCAGAGCAGAAAAGGGAUUUUUAUGGUGAUUGGGAGUUCCGCGAGGAGGAAGAAGAAGAAACGCAAUGGCGAUGACUAGGGUUCAUGAGCCAUCGCGAUCCUUAGCAGGUAAUACAUGCACCAUUCGGCUGACUGAAAUUUUCGGGCGAGCGACCAAGUCUAUUUUGGGCUUCUUUCUCAUGAUGGGUCUCUGCAAUGGCGUGCAUUACCUUUUGAGACCUUUUUCUCAACCUCGCACUACUUCUGAUACGAUCGUUGGUUUGGUUGUUGGAAACUUCAUGAGGAAAGAACUCGAUCUGUCAAUACAUAAGACGCUGCGUUAUAUUGUUGACUUUGGUAUGACAUGCUAUAUGUUUGUGCUGGGAUUGGAGAUGGAUCCAUGUGUACUCUUCAAAGCACCUACACGUGAUGCUAAGGUAGCUUAUGCCGGAAUGAUUUCAACACUCAUCUUAGCCUGUUCCACAAUCCCAUUUAUUAGCUUUUCGAAGUCGAAAGAGAUCAGUUUCAUCCUCUCGCUCUCAACUGUUCUCUCUAGCACAGCUUCUCCUGUGCUAACCCGUUUGAUCACCAAUCUUAAAAUAGGCAGGUCGGAUAUAGGCCGACUUGUUAUUGCUGCUGGAAUGCAUUCUGAUUUUAUAUCCACUCUAGCAAUCUGUAUAGGCUAUCUAUUUUGCCAAUGCCAAGAGACGCGUCUCUCCAUUAUAAAUGGUUUUCAAUUAGGUUUUGUUCUAUUGAUCCAGAUGAUAAUGGCGGCGAAGGUUUCACCAAUAUUCAUGAACUGGGUGAAUAACGAAAACCCCGAGGGUAAACCUAUGAAGGGUCCUCACCUGGUUCUUGCAGUUGCUUUCAUGGCCUUCCUUUGCUGCUGCCCUACUAUAAUUGGUUACAACCCGACGCUCAGUGCAUUCUUGGCUGGAACGUUUUUACCUCGAGAAGGUAGAGUAUCAAGAUGGGCAAUUGGAAAAAUUAACUACCUGCUUACUACUGUUUUCUAUCCCAUCUUCUUCUUUUGGAUGGGGGUUGAAUCCAAGUUGAGUGACUUCGAGCCUGGACAAAUAAUAACAUGGGUCAGAUUACUUCUGCUUUUUGCUAUUGUAACCGUAGGAAAAGUUGUUGGUACUGUCAUUGCUGGGGCAAUUUUGGGGUUUCAUUGGCCUGAAUCUGUAGCACUUGGGCUGCUGUUAACCAUGAAGGGCCAUUUUCAUAUAUACUUGGCCAUAUCUGCAAAAAUAGCUGGAAAGAUAUCUACAUCUACGAGCAUUGCGAUGGUAUUUGUAAUCUUCUUCACAGUCGUGCAUGCUCCAAAAGUUGUAGCUCAUAUAAUUAGAAGGGCGAGGAAACGCACACCUACACAUCGAAUGGCUCUCGAAUUGCUUGACCCAUCAAGUGAGCUUAAGAUCUUGUUAUGUAUACAUGGACCUCAUAACACUGGAGCAGCCAUUAACAUCAUGGAGAUUUCUCGGGGGACGGCUAACCCUGGAGUUGUUGUAUAUGUCACAGACAUGAUUGAACUUACAGAUGAAAUAGCAGCCACGUUAGUGCAGGGUGAAGGAGUGGACACUGUAACUGUAACCCACACAGGAGUGACACAAAUGAGAGAUCAAGUUACUACUGCAUUUCAGAGAUAUGUAGAUGAAAAUGGAGAUGGAAUUACCCUUAGAAGAAUGUUGGCUCUCUCAGCAUUCAAUUGUAUGGCACAAGACAUUUGCAUUUUAGCGGAGGACUUGUUGGGUGCUCUUAUCAUACUGCCAUUCCACAAGAACCAGCGCGGAGAUGGGUCGUUGAGCGAGGGCCAAGCAGGUUUCCGCUAUGUGAACCGCAAGGUUAUCAGACACGCCCCUUGUUCCGUGGGAAUCCUAGUGGAUCGAGGUCUUGGAUCAGUAGAGAAAAUUUCAAGGUCGUACGUAACCCUGAAUGUGGCAGUGAUCUUCAUUGGCGGUAAAGACGACCGAGAAGCAUUAGCCUACGCUGGUCGAGUAGCUAGACAUCCCGGAGUUAAACUCUCUGUGAUUAGAUUCUUGGUGGAUGCUGAUGCAGAAAAUGCUGCAAGAAGAGCUGGGACAUACAGGAUCAGUGUUGCUGAGCAGGAAGAGGAAAUGAGACAAGACGACGAAUGCUUUGCUUAUUUUUACGAACGACACGUGGCUGGUGGGCACGUCGCUUACGUUGAAAAACACAUGGCCAGUUCCGCAGAGACGUAUUCUACUUUGAAAUCACUGGAAGGUCAAUACACUCUCGUAAUCGUAGGUCGAGGUGGGGGAGUGAACUCGGUGUUAACUUACGGGAUGAAUGAUUGGCAACAAUGUCCAGAACUGGGUCCUAUAGGGGACGUUCUUUCCGGGUCUGAAUUCUCCGCCAAGACCUCGGUUUUGAUCAUCCAUCAACACAAUCUAAAAGGUGAACUAGAUGGACUUGAUGAUGAUUUUUCAAUAAUGUAGAUGUCAAGAAACCGAUGAGAUUAGUAGUGAUAGAGAAUUAGAAGGUAGUUGUAGGGUUGGAAUACUGUGAUUUGUAGAACUUUAGUUGCUGGAAAUGAUAGAAUAAGUGUAGAAUUUGACGCG